AUGGAAGGGAAUAGACUAAGCGGGAGUAAACCAAUUCAACUUGCUUUUUGGCCAAAACAAAUGGCGUCCCCUGAAAGUAAUGGCAGCGAUGUACAGGGUGUUAUUCAGAAAGCUUCAAAGUUGAUCGGACAAUUGAACAAUAACGGGUUAAUGAGCCCAAUGGAAGAAGAGCAUUCGCACCCUUCAUCCUCGCAGGAAACACUCACUACUGAACGAGAGCCUAGUGAACAAGACCAUCCGCGUCCCCUUCAAGCAAAUGAUGGUAAUAUUCAGAAGGAGGCCAACGCAUAUUCUGGACUGAGGGAUUCCGCGUACGCUAGGGAAAAUAUGUUGAAUGUUUUGCAGUCAUUGGUUACGCACUUGAAUCAAGCUGUCAGUCAAAUACAACAGUUGAAAUUCAAAAACAUGAUCCUCACGUCUAAUGAAAACAAUAUACAGUCGAGGCAUGAAGUGGAGGACAAUCUUCAGAAACAGCAAUUCGAAAGAAUGAAAUGUCAAUUUUUGUUAGAACACCAGUGUUUAAAGGCACAAUUACGAAAAAGGGAUAGUAAGAUUGUUAAAUAUAAGCAGAGAAUUAUUGAAAAAAACCAGAAAUUGAACAAUCUGACGAAGGUUCUCAAUCAACAUGCUAUAUCUGAUACAUCUCAAAUAGAUAGUUUUAGUAGCUCGAUAAGAAAAACACCCUCGUCGACCACUACUCCGCAAGAAAUGAAACCGGAUAUGUUGAACACACUAGGAAUAUUGGCGACGCACGUUUUGAAAGACGAAAUUGAAGAUGAUUCUGGAAAUCAAACGAUUCUACAGCUUGCCGCUGGAAGCAUAAGCAACGACUGUAAUACUACGGAGUUGGAAAUUACGUGCAGCUCCGAGAUGACGAGUGCUGCCACAAAUAACCGGCCGAAUGGAAACAUCGAGUCAGUUCAGGGUUCGCACGAAAACAAGAAUCUCCAAUUACCCAAGAUGAAAAGCUUUAGUACCAUCGAUGGAACCAUUAAGGAUAUUAAAUGA